GCUGAAAUUUUACAAAAUGGCCGCUGAUCUCAAGUAACAUUUUUUCAGAACUUAAAAUGGCGGUGACCGAAGAAAUUACCCAGUUAGAUCGACAGAUAAUCAGACAGCUUGAAUACUAUUUCGGAGACUACAAUCUUCCUAGGGACAAAUUCCUCCAGGAAUCCGUGAAAGAGAAUGACGGCUGGGUGACGAUGGAAACAUUACUGAAGUUUAAACGGCUAGCAGAUCUUAGCUCAGACGCUAAAACUAUCCUUGCAUCAAUCAAGAAGUCAGAUUCAGGUUUGAUGGAGGUAGAUAUGGAGGGAGAUGGACGUCUCCGUAGAUCUCCCGCCAACCCUCUCCCGGAGAACACAGAGGAGGCAAAGAAGCUUCUGGAAGCCAAAACUGCGUAUGCUAAAGGGUUUGACAAAGAAAAGACGACAAUGGACGAACUCCUUGAAUAUUACGCGGAACAUGAACCUGCUAUUGUUCAUAUUCAGAUGAGAAACUACUUUGACAAAGCUGAUAAACAGAAACAUUUCAAGGGUUCAGUUUUCCUCACAUUCCGUAGCGAGGAGGCCUGCAAGGAGUUCGUCAACGCCGAGAAGAAGGAGUACAAGGAGGUCCAGCUCAUUAGGAAGUUCCAGAAGGAUUACCUGGAAGAGAAGACGAAGGAGUACGAGGAGAAGAAGAAGAAGAGAGGAGAGAAGAAGGGAAAGGGAGAGAAGAAUGAGAAUGAAGAUGCUACGGAAGAAGAUGUGAAGGAGGAGCAGAAACUUCCCGUAGGAACCGUUAUCAAGAUUACAGGAUUAGGAGGAGAGAUCACUAGGGAAGAUAUCAAGGAGAAACUGUCGUCGGAGGAGUUCGGAGUAAAUAUUGAUAAGGAUUUAGGAGAUAUUGCCUUCAUUACAUACCAGAAGGGAGAGACAGAGGCCUGGAUUCGGUUCAAGGUUGAGAACUUCGCGAAGGGUUUGAUGGAGAAGAUGGCGAAGGUUGAGAAGAUUGUGAUAAAGGAGAUGGAGGUCAAAACUUCAAUCCUCGAGGGAGAGGAAGAAGAGAAGUUUCUUUCUGAAUCUUUGAAAGAUCUGAAGAACCACAGAGCAAGGAACAAGAACAACAAGAGGAAGUUUGAGAACAAGAAGGGAGGAAGAGGAGGAGGAGGAGGAGGUCAAUGGAAGAAGUCAAGAAGGAAUUGAGAAGAACACAAAGCUUGGUCGAUUACCCACGCAUUUUCUGAUCAACUAUUACGCCAUCCAAUGUUGAUUAUUUGAACUUGUAUUAUUUUCAGAA